CCAUGUUUGUAUCAGAAAUCGCGAAGAGGGAACUCCAUGUUGUAACAAAGUUUCCUUCGCCGCUGUCUUUUUUCUCCCCCCCCCUUUUUUUUUGUUUUGUUUCUCCCCCUUUCCCGUCUCUCCCCCCCCGCCCCUCCCCACCCUUCAUUCCCCCCCCUUUUCCCGUUUUUAUUUUUAUUUUAAAAUCCUUGGGUUGGUUUUUUUGGGGUUUCUUUUUUUUCUUUUGAAAUCGAUUCCCCGGAACUCCUAAAAAAAAAAACAAUUUCCCCCAAAGCGGCGGAGAGACAAUUGGAGGAGGAAAAAAAAGAGAGAGAGAGAGAGCCUCGCGCUAGCUGGUCUCAUGGACAGCGGGUCCAUUAUCACCCAGGUUAGCAAGGAAGAGGUGAACGCUCCUCUGCGGGAGAAAGGUGCUCAGAACCCAUCGCCUUCCAAGAAGCCCAGGAACCGCAGCAUCUUCCAAUCCCUCUUCUGCUGCCUUUGCCAUGACAACUCUGAGCCUAUUCCUGUCAACAACAAUGCCCCGCUGCUGGUUGAGGAAAAUGGUUCGGUGCCUAAGGCUACUAUCAAAUACCUCUUGCCAGAAAUCAAGCCUCAAGAUGCCAGCAAAAUCUGUGUGGUCAUUGACCUGGAUGAGACAUUGGUGCACAGUUCCUUUAAGCCAGUGAACAAUGCAGAUUUUAUCAUCCCAGUGGAGAUCGAUGGGGUCAUGCACCAGGUGUAUGUGCUGAAGAGACCCCAUGUGGACGAGUUUCUCCGGCGGAUGGGUGAGCUCUUUGAGUGUGUGCUCUUCACUGCUAGCCUGGCAAAGUAUGCAGAUCCUGUUGCUGACCUGCUGGAUAAAUGGGGAGCCUUCCGUGCCCGCCUCUUCCGUGAGUCAUGUGUCUUCCACCGUGGGAACUAUGUCAAGGACCUCAGCCGCCUGGGUCGUGACCUGACACGUAUUAUCAUUGUGGACAAUUCUCCUGCUUCCUAUGUCUUCCACCCUGAUAAUGCUGUGCCUGUGGCUUCAUGGUUUGACAACAUGGCCGACACGGAACUUCUCGACCUGUUACCGUUUUUUGAGAGACUCAGCAAAGUGGAUGAUGUGUAUACAGUACUAAAGCAGCAUCGGACUAGUAGCUAGUGACUGUAGGGGCUUUGGGCAGGGGAAGGAGGGGUGUAAGCCCAUCUAGCUGCUUCCUUCUGCUGAGCAGGUCCGUCUGCUCUCCCAGCCUAGCCCCUGGCAUAGCAGUGCACAGGAAACCCAGCAAGGGGCAGCAGAGAGCCACAGGUUCCCAUGGGGCACCAGGACAGACACCAGUGUCUGAAUGUCACCUUGAACCCUGAACCCCAAAGAGGAAACUUUCUUGCCGUUGUGCUUAAAUAAUGGUUUUGUCCCCCAUGUAUUAUGGCUGUGGGGACCAGGCCCUCAACCCAUCUUUUUCGCAUACCAUGGGACCAAAACUGUGGCCCCAUCCCCUCUAACCAAGGGAAAGUACGAGUUAUGGCCCAUUUCCCUAGCACCAGGUUGGGAAGGGUCACCCAAGGACUGGUCCCAGGAAUUCCCUGCAUCCCACUGAUGCCUGAUGUUCUCCUCCCCUUCUUAAUAGGUGCUGAAUUCUAGAUUCUGUGGGGGAAUUACUGGCGGCACUGCUAUAUUUCAGGUGGUGGACAUUGGCAGUACUAGAGCUAAGGAAGCCCCACGUGGAAGGUAUUGAAGAGGGAAAGGGAAACCCAGGAGAGAAGGCAGAGCUGACCUGGGGACCGAAAA